AAUACCUGCUUUUCUGGUCUCAUCUUCCAAAACAAACUGUUAUUCUCUCCGUCUCUUAUACUUUGCAAGCUCUCCUAAUUCUUCCCCAAACCUUACAAACCCUCUGCAUAGAAACUAAACACUCUCAGCGCCGGCGGCCACAACGGAAGCACAGCUGGGAAGGGAGGCUGAUUGGGUUUUUUUGUUUUGGUCCCAAUGUCGCUCAUGGACGCCACACCUUCAACACCGGGAAAGUUCAAAUCCGAGAAAUCUACACCCUACUCGGCUUACCCGUACUAUCGUAUCCUCCGAUUCCAGUCCUCUCUCUCGAAAUUAACCCUAUGUUCCUCGAUUUUUCUUGCUCUCAUCCUCCUCUUCUUCCUCAUCUCUCCUCUUCCUCCAUCUUCCCAUCACCAUGGCCGCCGCUCCACUGAAAUCUACAGCGGAACUAAGUGGGAAACUAAGGUCCGCAUAUCUGCUCAAACCCACGCACGUGCUGACGGUGGUAGGCCACUAAAAGUUCUUGUCACCGGCGCGGCAGGAUUUGUGGGGUCACAUGUCGCACUGGCACUCAAGGGACGGGGAGAUGGCGUUGUAGGGCUUGAUUCCUUCAACCACUACUACGACCCUGAACUCAAAAGAGCGCGACAGAAGCAUCUGGAAAAAAAUGGGGUUUUUGUGAUUGAAGGAGAUAUAAACGAUGAAAAGCUUCUCAAGACGCUCUUCGAUGCGGUUUAUUUCACUCACGUGAUGCAUUUGGCCGCGCAAGCGGGUGUCCGGUACGCAAUGGAGAAUCCGGGUUCGUAUGUGAAAAGCAACAUUGCUGGGUUUGUGAAUUUGCUGGAGGUGUGUAAGUCUGCGGAUCCCCAACCAGCAAUUGUGUGGGCUUCUUCGAGCUCAGUGUAUGGUACCAAUACUAAGGUGCCCUUCUCAGAGAAGGACCGUACUGACAAUCCCGCGAGUUUAUACGCGGCCACAAAAAAGGCCGGAGAGGCAAUUGCACACACUUAUAAUCAUAUUUAUGGCCUUUCAAUUACAGGGUUGCGAUUUUUUACUGUUUAUGGACCUUGGGGAAGGCCAGAUAUGGCUUAUUUCUUUUUCACUAAAGAUAUUUUGAAGGGAAAGGAGAUAAGCAUCUACAAAACUCCCAAAGGGGAGAGUGUGGCCCGGGACUUCACCUACAUUGAUGAUGUGGUGAAGGGUUGUUUGGCGGCAUUGGAUACGGCAAAGAAGAGUACUGGGAGUAGAGGGAAGAAGAGGGGACCAGCACAGUUGAGGAUUUUCAAUUUGGGGAAUACAACACCAGUGCCAGUUAGUAGGCUUGUAAGCAUAUUGGAGAAGCAUUUGAAGGUGAAGGCUAGGAAGAUGGUGAUGCCAUUGCCAAGUAAUGGGGAUGUGGAGUUCACCCACGCAAAUAUAAGUUUGGCACAGACAGAGCUUGGUUAUAGGCCAACAACGGAUUUGGAGACAGGGAUGAAGAAGUUUGUGCAGUGGUACCUCAAUCAUUACGACCGUUCGAGGAAGAAGAAGAGUUCGUGGUGAAGUAUCUCGUCAUGAUUUGUUAGUGAAAUUUUGAUCUAUUUUUAUGUUGAUUAAUACCUGUUUCAUUGACAUUAAUAUUUGCUCAUUAGCUGUAUGAUACACACGGUACUGUCAUGCAAGGAGGAUUAUGACCUACGAGGAAUUGGUUUAUUCAUUGAUUAGCAUAUUCCUGCAGGACAUAUCCAACUUUCCACAUGUUGCUUCUCUAUUUUAUUUUUAGGAUCUUACCCCUAAUCUAGGUUUUGUACAGUAAGUGGUCGAUGGAUCACAUAGAUUUGUUGAUUGUGACCUCUUUUGCUCAUCAUAAAGCUGUCUCAAUAAAUUAGAUGAUAUUACUUCUA